AUGCGGCGACCCAAAUCCGGCCGAAUCCCACAGUCCCUCCCCGCCGACACACUCAACGACAAACGCCCCCUCAACGACGAUGUCGCCGCUGAUCUCAAGAAGAAGCGGACGUUCCGUACUUUCUCUUACCGUGGUAUCGAGCUCGACAAGCUCCUUGAUCUGAGCAAUGAGGAGUUCAUGGAGGUCGUCCACGCCCGUGCUCGUCGUCGGUUCCAGCGGGGAUUGAAGCGCAAGCCCAUGGGUCUCAUCAAGAAGCUGCGGAAGGCCAAGAAGGAGGCUCCGCCAAAUGAGAAGCCUGCCGUAGUCAAGACCCACUUGCGCGACAUGAUUAUCGUCCCAGAGAUGAUUGGCAGUGUCGUCGGCAUCUACAAUGGCAAGGUGUUCAACUCUGUCGAAAUCAAGCCUGAAAUGACUGGCCACUACCUUGCUGAGUUCUCCUGCUCGUACAAGCCCGUUAAGCACGGUCGUCCCGGUAUUGGAGCCACCCACUCAUCUCGAUUCAUCCCGCUCAAGUAA